AUGCAGAGUGAGAGCAAGGACAUGAAGAAUGACAUCGAUGCCUCCAUCAAGAUGGUGCACAGAGGCGAGGCCACGAUGACGGCGCUGAAGACUUAUGCCGAGCCUUGGAUGGAAGAUGUGUCGAAGACCUUCCAGCAGAUGCAAGAGAAGCAGGACGACGCGACGCAAGGUCUGAUCAGUUUGCAGAAUGCCAUGCAACGGUGGAUUUGGGCAGUGAACGAGGAGAUCAAGAAAGAGACCUCCAAAGAAGAGGUGAAAGCGAAGACGGAGGAAGCUGAGGAGAAGAUUUUGAAGAAGUGCUUGGCCUUGGAGCGGGAGUUGCAGAGGCGUUUGACGCCGUUGCAAAUCCGAGACUGCGGAAGAUGCAACAAGAUUGAGCAAUGCUUUGAAGUUGCGCGUGGGCGGCUUUCGAAACUGGAGGAGAAUCUCGAUCGGGUUACGGCGGGGAUCGGCAUGCGCUUGGGAGGAGUGCGUGAUGAAGGUGGUGAAAACGAUGAAAGUGAUGAAAACCCUGAAGAAUUGAUUCGAAACAGGGGCUUCAAAGACCUCAAGGAUGCGUUGGUGAGCGAGGUUGGCUAG